AUGGCUGACAGGACUGCUCCCAAUUGCCACCUGAGACUGGAGUGGGUGUACGGAUACCGGGGACAUCAAUGCCGCAACAACCUGUACUACACCGCCGCGAAGGAGAUCGUCUAUUUCGUGGCCGGAGUGGGAGUCGUGUACAACACCCGGGAGCACAAACAAAAAUUCUUCCUGGGACACAACGAUGACAUAAUCAGCUUGGCACUGCACCCGGAGCGCGUCCUGGUGGCCACAGGGCAGGUGGGGAAAGAGCCGUACAUAUGCGUGUGGGACUCCUACACCGUCCAGAUCGUGUCCAUCCUGAAAGACGUGCACUCGCAUGGGAUCGCCUGCCUGGCCUUUGAUCUGGAGGGACAGCCUCGCUCUCAGAGGAGUGGUACAGCUUGUUCUUUUGACCGGCACAGACUGGAGAUGGCCCCAUGUGUUGGACCGGUGAGGCCCGGAGAUCCAAAUGGAAAGUGA